AUGGAAAUUUUGAAUAAAGAAAAGCCAAGAAAUUUAUGGAAAGGAGUUGAUUCGAAAAAAUAUCAUGUUCAUGUUACAAUUUCUACUAUUGAUUCAGCUACCAAAUCAGAAGAGAUUGAUGAUAAAGUAAUCUAUAUGGAUGAAAUAGAAAAAAGAAAAGAAGCAUAUGGCAUAUGUGGAGAAUGUAAUGAACCUGGUACAGGAGAAAAUUGGUGUCAACCUUGUAAUGCAAAAAGAUUUGAAGAAAAUUUUAAAAAUUGGACUAGUGGAAAUAAAGAUAUUGAUGAAUUAAUACAAUAUUCACAACUUAAUGCUGUAUAUUAUCUUAAAUGCCUUGAAUGGAUACCUUUUGAGAAUUUACAAAAUGUUACUUAUAUUACCAGAGGAGGCUUUAGUAAAAUUUAUUCAGCUGAAUGGCCUGAAGGAUAUAUUUGGCAUUGGGAUAUUGAAAAUCAAAAAUGGGAAAGAAACAUAAAUUGUAAAGUUGCAUUAAAAAGUUUGGAUAAUUCUUCUGAAAUUUGUACUGACUUUAUAAAUGAGAUCAAAUCUUAUCUUCAGAUUUAUAUUCGGAAUAUUGUUUACUGCUAUGGAAUAACACAGGAUCCAAAUACCAAAGAUUAUAUGAUGGUCUUAUUUUAUUGUGGAAAUGGAAAUUUAAGAAAUUACUAUUUAAAUAGUUCUUCUGACACUAUAAAACUUUAUAAUUUAUCAAGAAUUGCAAAUGGACUGUUAAGCAUCCAUAAUGCUGAAAAAGUUCAUAAAGAUUUUCAUUCAGGUAACAUAUUAGAUACUCUAUAUAUAAGCGAUUUAGGAAUGUGUCAACCAGUAAAUAAUAAAGAGAAAUCAGAUAAAAAAGAAGGAGUUUAUGGAGUAUUACCUUAUAUGGCACCAGAAGUUUUACGUGGAUAUCAAUAUACAAAAGCAUCUGAUAUUUAUUCAUUUGGAAUAAUUAUGAAUGAGUACCUUUCUGAAGAAAUUCCUUUUAAUGAUAUUCCUCAUGAUCAUAUUUUAGCUGUUAAAAUAUGUAAAGGACUAAGACCAAAAAUUUUUGAAAAUAUUCCAAAAUUUCUUGUAGAUUUAAUUACGAAAUGUUGGGAUGCUAAAGCAGAAAAUAGACCAUCUGCUAAAGAAUUGUAUCAAAUAUUAAAUAAAUGGAAAGAAACAACAUGUGAUAAUGAAAUUUAUUUUCAAAUGAGGGAAUAUUAUACAAAAACUAGAGAAAAAAAAUUGAAAAACAGUUCAAAUGAAAAUAAAUCUGAAAGUAUUAAAACUCAUCCUCAAGCAAUCUAUACAAGUAGACUGUUAAAUUUCAAAAAUCUUCCAGAACCAGUAAAUUCAUCAGAUUUAUCAUCAUUUCAAAUUAAUUCGGAUGAUGUUCCAUCAGUAUCAGCAAAUAUAAUUUCAGAAUGCUUUGACGUUCAAUUUAGUGAAUUAGAUCUCAACGAAAUUAAUCAAGAAGAUGAUGAUUUGAAUGAUGAGUCUUAA